ACAUACAUGCUCUGAUAACCUAACUCCUAAUGAAAACCUUGAACGAUUUUUAGUAGGACACAUAGAAUUUUUGCGAAAGGAAAAAAGGAGAAUUAAAACUUUUUUUAGGGAAAACGGAAUAAUAGAUGAAAUUUUAAAAGUAAAAUUGAGAGCCUUAGAAACAAUCAUAGAAGAAAGGGAUCAUCUCAGAGCACAGAUAAGGCAGCUUCAAAACACCCAAAGGACUGCAAAUCGAAUAAUAAACGAACUUUAUAUUGAAAAAAGGCAAUUUUUAGCUCAGAUACGAGAGCUAGAACAAGAGAAUACACAACUUCGUCACGAUCUCGAAUAUGAGCAAGUGAUUAAUAGAAGAACUAUCAAUAAUCUUAGAAAUCAGUUUAACAUUCUCAAGAAUCGAGAGAACAUUUUUACAGCAGUAUUAAACAACCAAG